AUGCCAACUGUUGUAAUUGCUGGAGCUGGAUUAGUUGGAGCUUUGAACGCGUGUUUCUUCGCCAAAAAAGGUUGGAAUGUUCAAAUUUACGAAUUUCGUCGAGAUAUUCGAACAAUGAAACAUGUACAAGGCAGAAGUAUUAAUUUGGCAUUGAGCCAAAGAGGAAAAAGUGCAUUAGAAGCUGUUGGUUUGAAAGAUUAUAUUGUAGAUCAAGGAGUUGCGAUGUAUUCUAGAUUAAUUCAUAAUAAAGAUGGGAAAAAGUUACAGUAGACAACCUUAUGGACAACCGGGAGAGGUUUGAAUUCUUUUUGUUUUGUUGAAAAAAAUGAUUACUGAACUUUUUUCCAGCAUAUUGUGAGUAUCAAUCGACGACAUUUGAAUGAAGUUAUGAUAACUCAGGCAGAAAAAUGUGAAAAUGUCAAAUUCUUCUUCGAACAUAAAGUGAAAAGUGUAGAUUAUGAAAACAAGAAGUUGAUUGUACAGAAGUAAGUUUGAAAUUUUUCUUUAAAAAAACAAAUUCUGAAAUUUUUGAGUAUAUCUCAACCGAGUCGAAUUCCAACAUUUGGACAAAAACAAACGCAUCAAGAUCAUCAAGAAUUCGAAAUUGAAGCUGAUUUGAUAAUUGCAUGUGAUGGUGCUUAUUCAGCUGUUCGACGAAGUUUAAUGACUCUGCCAAGAUUCAAUUUCUCACAAGAAUACAUUGAACACGGUUAUGUUGAAUUGAAUAUUCUUGCGAAAAAUGAUGAAUUCGCUUUGGAAGAAAAUGUUUUCCAUCUUUGGCCAAGAGGACAUUUUACAUUAAUUGCAUUGGCGAAUAAAGACAAAACAUUUACUGUGACAAUAUUUGCACCAUUCGAUGAAUUUGAAAAACAUAUGGCAACUCCUCAAGAUGUUCUUCAAUUUUUCCAAGAAAAUUUCCCGGAUGCUUAUGAACUUUUGGGGGAACAACAUAUUAGUGAAACAUUUAAACGUGUCAAACCACAACCUUUGGUAUCUGUCAAAUGUUCGCCACAUGCAUUUUUUGAUAAUUUGGUUUUGAUGGGAGAUGCUGCUCAUGCGAUGGUACCAUUUUAUGGGCAAGGAAUGAAUUGUGGAUUUGAAGAUUGUUUGGUUUUCAGUGAAAUUUUGGAUAAAAUUGGGGAUAUUGGAGAAAGUAUCAGAGAAUAUUCAAGAGUUCGUGUAAAAGAUGCUCACACAAUUAAUGAUUUGGCGAUGUAUAAUUAUGAAGAGGUUGUUUUUUUCAGAAAAGUUUUUUUUUUUUAAUUCUAAAAACCUUCAGCUCAAAGACUUGGUUAACCAUUCUUCAUACAAACUUCGCAAAAAAUUCGAUUUGUUUUUAAAUUCGAUAUUCCCAAAAUCAUGGAUCCCUCUUUAUUCAAUGGUUACUUUCUCCAGAAUACCUUAUUCAGAAGUUGUGGAAAGACGAAAAAGUCAAGACAAAAUUAUUUUAUCUAUUUUACAUGGUGGCUUUGCUGGGACUUUGGCAGCAAUAGCAUUUGCCCUGUAUAAAUUAAAAAGACAGUAAAAAUUUUGACACAAAAUAAAUAUUUACAACAACAAAAAAUGUUUUUCUUACUGUAGUUUCAAGGUGCAUACGUGCGUUUGUAUAUCGCGUCCUCAAACGAACAAAAAACAUACUGUUUUUUUUCGAAUUCAAAACAUGAGAAAAAAUAUUUUCAUUUUUUGGUUUUUCGUUUGACGUGUCAGCGACAUUUUCGUUUUUUUUUGUUGUCGAAGAAAAUGUUAUAAAUAUCGUAACAUUUCUAUUCCGAUUUUUGGCUUUUCCAUUCCCUAUCUGUUCAAAAUUUGCAUUUACAUUUACAUCUUUCGCCAAGUAUUCGCCCCGCUCUUCGAUUAUUAAACAAACGAAAGAAAUAAACGCCAGAAGAACCAGAUUCGUUUUUUGUUCGCUGUAAUGUGAGCGUUCAAUUUGUUGUAAACAUUAGAAUCGAUUUUCUUGGUUUCUUUCUGGCAAAUGUCAUAUUUCUCUCAAUUUCCAGGAUAGUUAUGGCAAUUUCACAUACUUAAUUGCUAUUAUAAUUGCAUGUUACUUAUCCGAGCAGUUUAACAGGGAAAUUGAGAAGUUGAAAAUAAAAAAUUUAACGUUACGUGAACUCUUUUUUUUAUUUUCAUUUCAAUGAAAAAUUUUCGUAUUUUUCGAAAAAAAACCACCAAUUGCGAAAUAUUCAAUAAUUUCAUAACACUCGCAAGCGUAUCUUCAUUUUCUGCGUCUCUUCUAUUUGCCAAUUUUCUCUUGAUAAUUUUCAUAGAUAAAUAGUCGUUACCUAUCAAACAAAUGUGGGCUCCCAUCUGGUAUUUCUUCUGUUUCUCUCUGUCUCUCACCAGACCACGCCCUUUUCCUUCUAGUUCUUUCCCCUUUUUCCAAUCAAUAGUUUAGUCAUUUGGUUGUGCGUCCCCCAAUUUUUAUGUUUUUGUUCCCUUCUUUUUAUAAACAAAAUUAUACUUUUCAGAAGGUUUUACUCAACUCUAUUCAACUAUUCAAAAAAUGGCGGACAAAUUGAACAUGUCACUCGACGAUAUUAUCAGAUUGAAGAAGAAAACCGAAGUUAAAAGAGAAAAUGGUGGAGGAAACCGGGGAGGUAAUCGUAAACAAUUUCCAAUUAAAAAGGGAGCUGGAGCUCGUAAAAUUAUUGUUGGUGGAAGAGGAAGAGUCCAGGUACAACAACAACAAAGAAAAACAACUGGAGGACCUGUGAGAAAAGUAGCUGCACAAAAACAAGCUACUGUGAAUCAAGCGACAAAGAAAUUGGUGCAAAAACUUGUCAAGGUAAAUUUCUAUACUCUCAAAAUUGAAAGUUCUCAUAAACAUUCAUUUUUUCCAGAAUGCUAUUCGUAAAAGAACAGCGGUUGUCGCUCAAGCUUCUCCAGCAAUUCGUCGUCGCGGCGUACGUUUCUUAUUAACAUUAUCCAUCUUUCUCAAAUUGUUCGGAAUUGAACUCCCCGGCGAAGAUUGAAAAAACAGCUAGAAAUCAGGUCGAGAAUGAAAUCUCGUGCUGAAAACAUUGAGAGCUUCUGAAAGCACUCAUUCGGCGAAUAGCAUACAGUCUAUUGAAAACCUGAUAUAAAGCUAUCAUUGAAUUGAACUAAGCCAAUAAAAAGGCCGAGUCCUUUCUUCUCGUCGUCCAAUUAUUCAUUCGACAAUUUUCGUUUGUUUUUUUGGACCAGGCUUAGGUAAGGUGUUACAGGUUGUCGCUGCGACUACGAAAGCUAUUCAACGUGUUCGAGUUGUGCCACAAACAAAAAUCAUCAGACAACGAAUUGUUGCUCCACCACAACAAGUUAUUCAACAGGUUAGCUUUUGAAUUUAACUUCGGUUGCAGAAUUUUGUGAUAGAUUGUCAAAAUAAAUCCAUAAUUUACAGGUCAGACGAGUUGUUCCAAGAAAUCAACGCCAAGUUAUUCGACAAGUUAUCCAAUCUCCAGUUCAACCACAACAACGUCGUGUUAUCCGUCGUCCACCACCAGCUCAACCAGCCAGAACAGUUAUUGUACAAAGAGUUGGUGGAAAUGGCGGAAGACGUGGAGGAGUAUUCCAAUCGAGACCACAACAACAACAAACUAUUAGAAGAAGAGUUCAACCACAAAAUAAUCAAAGAGUUGUUCAAAUUCAAAGAAAACCAGUCAGACAACAACAAGUGAGUUGGAUUUCAAAAAAAAUUUUAUUUUGAAAGAAUUAUUAAUUGAUAUUUCAGCAAUUCGAACGUGUUGUUGAAGUUGUUCGCCGCCCACAACAAAACCGUCGUCCAAACUUCAGAAAUGAAGGAGGAAACAAUCAAAGAACUGUUGUCAGACAGGUUUGUAUAAUAUUUCAAAAAUUCUGUGAGAAAACUAAAACUUAAUUUUUUCCAGGUAAAAGCUUAUCAACCAGUUCAAUAUGUCACCGAAAGAGUUGUUAGUCGACGUGGCCGCGGAUUCAAUAACAACUUCUAA